GAGGCGAGGGCGGAGCGCUGCCGGUGGAAAGGGCCUGUUCGAGAGCGUGGGUACUUUGUAGAGACGCUUGUGGUGGGGGACAAGCUAGGCGUACUUCCGCACACUAUCCGGGUCUCCCUCGAGGGGGAGCUCUUCGCAGUCGACGCCACAAAUAACAAUAUAGUUCGGAUCACUCCGCCUCUCUCCCAGUAUAGCAGAGCAAGAUUUGGUUGCCGGGUCAUUUAAGGGAUUCUCUGGACAUGUAGAGAUGGUAAACCUGCAGAUGCUCGUUUCUAUCGUCCAAAAGGUGCCGCUAUGGAUGACAAAGGGAAUGUGUAUGUUGCUGAUAUCUCCAAUAUGGCUAUUCGAAAGAUAACUGAAUCAGGUGUGACUACUAUUGCUGGAGGAAAAUCAAAUAUAGCAGGUUAUAGAGAUGGCCCGAGUGAGGAUGCUAAGUUUUCUAAUGACUUUGAUGUGAUAUAUGUUGGAAGAACUUGUUCUCUUCUAGUCGUGGACAGGGGUAAUGCUGCUCUUCGCCAAAUUUCUCUUCAGCAAGAGGACUGCCAAUACCAGUAUACUUCAGUAUCAACAUCAGGUUACCUGAAGCUUCCCAGUGAUGUUCUUUGUAAUUCUUUUUGUACACAACAAACAUGGAACUAUAACAUAUUACAACCUUACAAUAUGGCACCAUCGGUCCAAUAUUUUCUGUUAUCUUACAUAUCUUAUAUGGUUGCAUCUACAUAUGUAGAAGACCAGGAAGAAAAAAGUUGACAACAGACAAGAGAAGUCACCAGCAGCCGAUACUUCGCUGCAGCAUCAGUGCACGGAUGCCACUAGCAGCCUGACCCCCUGCAUGGACUAUGGCAGCGGCAGCAGCGACCGACCCAACAGCGACUGCUGCGACACCGUGAGGAACAUCCGGGGCACAAACCCCGUCUGCCUCUGCUACGCCGUACAGCAGAAACACAACUGCUCCUCCCCCUGGAGCGCCUUAGGGCUCAAGGUCGAACGCCUGCUCAUGCUGCCCGGUGCUUGCAACCUCGACAA